CCUUUGCACCUUCUCCCUAACUCUGGUUUUUCUUUCCUAGGACCCUGUUUCAAAAUUCUCCAAGCCAGAAGAAUGAUGUUUUUCAUUUGGAUAUUAAGAAUGUUGGUGGCAUAGGCCAGAUCUUGGAUUAUAUGUAUACUUCACAUCUUGACCUCAACCAGGACAAUGUACGAACCUUGCUGGAUAUUGCACAGUGUCUGCAAGUGCAGAAUAUUUUGAAUAUGUGUCACUCCUUUUUAAAAGCCUCCAGAUCUGUAGAGCAGCCAGCCAGUCUGACCUGUAACAAUCAUACAUUUUCAUUGCAAAAUACUUUGGCUGCUAAUACCAGUUGUGAACAUUAUGAUACUAAUUUACUCCACGUUUGUUCAACUGCUGUGCAGUCUUGUAAAGUCUUGGAUGAUCACCUACAUGAGUCACAGCCUUGUGAACUUCAUAGCUUAUCAUCUGAUGCAAACAAACAGAAACAAGAUUCCAUGGAUUUUGGUGGGGCGGAUCUCUCAUUUAAACAUCCAAAUUGCCAUUAUAAGCUCCGUAACUUUUAUAGCAAACAGUUCUGCAAACCAAGUAUUUGUCCGAGCAACAAGAGAUCACCAGAACUGCCCUCUGAUUUCAUUAUAUCUCCAGCACAAGACACAGUUCAGAAUGCUUCAUGCAACAUCAGUCACUCUGAAUGUACUUUGGAAUCUUCUGAUCACCUGCCACCACCCUUUCUUGUUCAGUCCUUAAAUGAUAGUCCUGAGGAUCAAGAUAUAGAGGGCACAUCUGUACAGCCAGCCAUACAGUUGAGGCUUAAAAAGGCUAUACAUCUUCAAAAAUUGAAUUUGCUGCGGUCCCAAAAGACUCUUGAACAAUCUUCUGAACUUGAUACUGAUAGCGGCAUUGCAAGGGAAACUGAUUUAGAAAGGACAAAUGCAGUUGCUUCUGAAGGAGGGCAGGCUAAAUGUCUAGUUAGUUCAGGGGAGCAUGUUGAGUUGGAGCCGUCUCAGGAACCUUCUGAGCCAGGUAGCCAGUUGCAGGUUUUCCUUCCCGAGAGGCAGUAUCCUUGUGUGCUAUGUGGAAAAGCUUUUAAACAUCCAAGCAAUCUGGAGCUCCACAUACGGUCUCAUACAGGUGAGAAGCCAUUUGAAUGUAACAUUUGUGGGAAAUGUUUCUCACAGGCAGGUAAUCUUCAGACUCAUUUGCGUCGGCAUUCCGGUGAAAAACCUUACAUUUGUGAAAUCUGUGGGAAAAGGUUUGCUGCAUCUGGAGAUGUCCAGCGCCACAUUAUUAUUCACUCUGGAGAAAAACCACAUCUGUGUGAUAUUUGUGGUCGAGGAUUUAGUAACUUCAGUAAUUUAAAGGAACACAAGAAGAACCAUGCAGUAGAAAAAGUAUUCACGUGUGACGAGUGUGGAAAGUCAUUUAACUUACCACGGAAAUUAGUAAAACACAGGAUCAGACACACAGGAGAAAAGCCAUAUAGUUGUUCAGUUUGUGGAAAAUGCUUUGCGGGAUCUGGCGAUUUGCGAAGACAUAUCAGAACACAUACUGGGGAAAAGCCAUAUCACUGUGAAAUCUGCAAUAAAUGUUUCAGUCGUUCUGCUGUCUUACGUCGACACAAAAAAACCCACUGUAAAGCUAGCAGUGAAAGUUCAAAUAUUGCAGAUGAGUUUUCUCAUGCAAUGGAAAUUACUGAUCUUGAGAAGUCCCAAAGUUCAGAUUUCUUUACCCAGGAAAUCUCAGUAUCUUUCUUGCCAGCAUCAGAGGAAUGUCCACCCCACCCGACGGAGCAUUCGCCAAAUGAAUUUGACCAUCCUGGGGCACCAUUUAGCAAGGCAAGGCCUGAAAUGGUAAAAGGCCCUCAGAAACUGAGCUUGGAUCCUGCCAAACUCUGCAAAUCUCCAGAAGGACUGGAUCAGUCUUGUUCUUUUAAAGAAAUUAACCCCCCCUCUGAGGAAGAACCACUACAGUCUGAUGCUAUUCCCCUGGUUUGCUCCUCUGCAAGCACCCUGGGCAGCAGCUGGAAUGGCGACCUGAGCAGCCGUGUGUCUUCUGCUGAGUACAGAAAUAAUGAGGGGGCCUUCUUCUCCAGCGUGACCCUCUGGGGCUUAGCUAUGAAGACUUUGCAGAAUGAGAGCGAGCUUGGCCAGUGAGAAGCUGUGCUUUGUGUGUUCUGAACAGCACAUAUAUUUGUAAAUAAAUAAAAUUGUAACCAAGUUGUA